AAACAAUAAUAUAAUUGAAUAGUAAAAUGCAAUACUCACCAACAUCGUAUAUGAAAGAAAUCCCUAGCUACAUGGAAAAGCGAUAUAAUAUUCAAAGACAACUAGGGGCUGGUUCCUAUGGAACUGUGUUUUUGGGUGUCAAAAAGGCCACCAAUGAGAAUGUGGCCAUCAAAUACAUGCACCAUGUUUUCUAUAACCAGGAAGAUGCCCUUCGAUCUCUUCGAGAAAUCUCUAUUAUGCGCCAAUGCCAUCAUCCCAACAUUUGCAAGAUUAUAGAUGCCUAUAUUCCAAAGGACAAGGACACGUUUAACAGCGUUUGGAUCGUCAUGGAAUAUGGUGGUUGGGACCUUCAAAAGAUUAUAGAAACGCAUAAUUCGAUUGAAGGUUGGAGCGCUCAACAUGUGAAGUUUCUCAUGUACCAAAUGAUCUGCGCCCUUCGUUAUCUCAGCAGUGCCAGCAUCAUGCACCGCGACAUCAAACCCUCAAACAUCCUCAUGGACAAGCAAUGCGGAAUUCACAUCAUCGACUUCGGCCUUGCGCGCCGAGUCGCUCCCAACAAAGACUACCACUCCGAGCAGUUCUUCCAGCCCAUCACCGUCGCCGAGACCAAUCCCAUGAUCAUCCAAUCCGAUGCGCUACCUCGCUUGGACUCCGACACAACCCUCCCCACACUGAGUCUUCCGCAACGCCAGCUCACUCGCCACGUCGCCACGCGUUGGUACCGACCUCCCGAAGUCAUCACCUUGCAAGUCGGUUCCCGCGGUUAUUCCUGA